AUGAAGCCAUUGACAAUUUAUUGGAUUCCUGGUGUUCACUCUUGCAAGGAUUAUAUGUUCCCAAAAGUUUUUAGUUUCGGGAUAUGUGAAACAAAUUUUAAGAUCAAUAUAGAAAUACUUGAACUUAUUCUACCAAUAGUGCCAGGCGUAGAAAAUCGGG